UUCGAUCACAGUCUGUAUUACCUUCAAUUACAAGAUUCACUUUCACCUCUCCACUCAAGAACGUGAUAACACUCAUCAUCAUCUUCAAUAAUGGAGAUCCGCGAACACGGAAGGGGCCACGUUCGACCAAAAGUCGUCACGUGUCGGCAUCCCGUUUGUCUGGUUUUGCCGUUUAUAAGUAUGCGAGCGAGUUUGGGUGUUAAGGUGUCGUUUGGUGUUAUCGGUGUGAGUGUGAUAUUUGCAGUGCUGAAAAUGUCGCAGUUGUUGGACAAAGCUAAAACUUACGUCGCGGACAAAGUGGCGAACAUGCCGAAGCCAGAGGCGACGGUGGCCGACGUGGAUUUCCAAAAGGUCAGCCGCGAGAGCGUCCAGUACUUGGCCAAGGUUUCCGUCUCUAAUCCUUAUGCCACUCCGCUUCCUAUUUGUGAGAUCAAGUACUCCUUCAAAAGUGCAGACAGGGAGGUAGCAUCAGGGACGAUACCAGACCCAGGGUCGUUGAAGGCGAAGGAUUCAACAAUGUUGGAUGUGCCAGUGAAGGUGCCACACACGGUGUUACUGAGCUUGGCAAGGGACAUUGGUGCAGAUUGGGACAUUGAUUAUCAGUUGGAUAUUUGGCUCAUCAUUGACCUUCCUGUCAUCGGCAACAUUACCAUUCCUCUUUCUCAGAAGGGAGAGAUCAAGCUCCCAACCCUCAGAGACAUGUUUGCCUAAUCGCUAUUCCAACAAAUUACUUUUCUGUUUCAGUACUUCACUCUGCAUUUUCUUCUUUUCCUCAAUGAAUGCUAUAACAAACGUCAUGGUAUUUCAAAAUACAGAUAAUUAUCCCCUUUACAAGUAAUAUCAACAAUUCUACUCC